CCCGCAACUGCAUAAGCGCCAGCAGCCAGCAAAGGCUAGUUGUGCGCCUGCGCACGGAUAUGACGCACACCCCGCCGGUUGUCUGUGCCUUCUGCGCGCGCGGCCCUUGUUGCGCACGCGCGUUAGGCUCAGGGAAGUUGGCCGGCCUGAGGGAGGGCCCGACCCUGACCAUGGCGGUGGCAGAGACUGGGGCGCAGCCCGUCGAGGAGCGCGUGGGGCAGGUGGUGCUGCCGGGGGACGUGCUGCUGCUGCCCUCGCACCCCGAGGCGGAUGGGGAGCGGCUGUGGCUGGGCCCGGGCGCCGCUCUGCCGGGCCGGCUGGUGUGCGGGCCGGGCCUGAGGAGCUGCGGGGCCGGGCUGCUGGUCACCAAGUGCGGGCUGCUGCGCCACCGCCAGCCGGGCGGGGCCGGAGGCGGCUCGGGCGGGGCCUACUGGGUGGACUCCCAGCAGAAACGGUAUGUCCCAGUCAAGGGAGAUCAUGUGAUAGGCAUAGUGACUCUCAAGGCAGGUGACAUAUUCAAAGUGGAUGUUGGUGGAAGUGAACAAGCUUCUUUGUCCUACUUGGCAUUUGAAGGUGCAACCAAAAGAAACAGACCAAAUGUGCAGGUGGGAGAUCUUAUUUAUGGUCAAUUUGUUGUAGCCAAUAAAGACAUGGAACCAGAGAUGGUCUGUAUAGACAGCAGUGGAAGAGCGAAUGGAAUGGGAGUAAUUGGACACGAAGGCCUGUUAUUUAAGGUUUCUUUAGGUCUAAUAAGAAAGCUUUUAGCUCCCAAUUGUGAAAUCAUUCAGGAAUUGGGACAACUCUAUCCUUUUGAGAUAGUGUUUGGAAUGAAUGGAAGAAUAUGGGUAAAGGCAAAAACAAUUCAACAGACUUUAAUUGUGGCAAAUAUCUUGGAAGCCUGUGAGCACAUGACAGCAGAACAAAGAACGCAAGCAUUUGCCAAACUAUCGGAGAGGUGAUGUAAAGAAAACAUCUUGGGUUCAUUUCAAUCUUUGCAAUGAUUGUAAUAUUUUUGUAUUCAGAUAUAUAUUAAUAACUCAUUUUUAAACUUUGUCUCUCUCCCUUUUAAUAUUUUUACCCACCUGUCCCUCUUUCCCGAUCCCUCAAUCUGUUUAGUCUUCUGCAUUCAAAAAUUCUCCUCACUUUCUUAGCAGCAGUGUUUGACUAAAAGAUUACAUCUAUUUGUUUCAUAAUAAAGUCUCACAA